UGGUGCUGGUGCCCCUGGGUCUGGCGGUGCUGGCCGCCUACCACCUGUGGCUCCUCUACGCCAUCCUGCGCCACCCCACCCGCACCGUCGUCGGCCUCAACGCCCUCGCCCGCAAGCGCUGGGUCGCCGCCAUCAUGGCCGUCGGUAUCCUAUCAUCGUGUCAAUUAGACUCUUAAUCCCAUCCCUCUAUUAUCAGAGCAACAACAGUUCUAUGAAUUCACUCUGGCCGCUAAUUAAUUUCGUGGGUUGCGCAGAACCCGGAGAAGAACGGGGUGCUGGCGGUGCAGACGCUGCGGAACAACAUCAUGGCGUCGACGGUGCUGGCGACGACGGCCAUCACGCUCGUCUCCGUCAUCAGCGUCUUCAUCGGCGCCACGGCCGGCGGCGGCCGCUCAUCCGCGCCGCUGCAGCUGGGGGUGUACGGGAGCAAGUCGGGGCAGGCGUUCGCGGCCAAGUACAUGGCCAUCUCCCUCUGCUUCAUGCUCGCCUUCGUCUGCAACGUGCAGGCCAUCCGGCUCUACGCGCACGCCAGCUUCCUCCUGGGCCUCCCUUCCUGGGCCGGGCCAGAGGAUGAAGAAGCUGAAGGCCCGGCGGCGGCGGCGGCGGCGCGGGAGGAGUGGGUGGCGUACGUGGCCCGGACGGUGAACCGCGGCAGCCACGCCUGGUCGCUGGGCCUCCGCGCCUUCUACGUGUCGCUGGCGCUCUUCCUCUGGACGUUCGGGCCCAUCCCGAUGCUGGCGUGCAGCGUCCUCAUGUGCGCCCUGCUCUACUUCCUCGACACCACCAGCACCAGCGAGUACGCCAAGGGGGUGCAGCAGCACAUACACGGCGAAAGGACCGCCGACAAGGAUAGCACCGUGUGACCCUUUCGCAUCAAAGUAUUCAGUAUUGGAAUUCGACAGCCCCUUGCGAAAGUACGUCCAUAUAUCCAUCGCACUAGACGGUUUCGAGAGGUUCACUAGUCAAAUCCAUAUAUCGAGCAUAGGGAGUAGCUUUAUUAGGAAGAAAGGAAAAAAAAAGGAACGUAGGAAGCUAGAUUUUCUGGUUGAAACCAAUGAAACGUAGAAAAAUAUAAAAGUUCAUUUUCAUAUAUGCCGCUGUAAUUUUUGGAUAUUCAAAAAAUGCCACCGCAUUUCAUCCUUUGAAAAAUACUGUUGCGGUGGUAUUUUCCGACCCAUUGUAGUGUCAUCUUUCGGAAGAAAAAGUAGAUAUUUGCAACGGCAUUUUUCGAAAGAUGAUGUAACGAUAUUUUUGAAUAUGCAAGAGGGCAUAUAUCAAAAUACACCCAUUCUUCUACUCUCAA